AAGCUAGUCUAAACUAGUGGGAGGUUGUGUGCACAAAACAAGAAAAAACACUUGACCUGAGUAAUGAUGGCUCGAGGUAAGGUUCAGAUGAGGAGGAUAGAGAACCCGGGGCAUAGGCAGGUAACCUUCUGCAAGCGGCGGAUGGGCCUGCUCAAGAAGGCCAAUGAGUUAUCUGUUCUCUGUGAUGCUGAUAUCGGUGUUAUUGUGUUCUCCCCUCAUGGCAAGAUGUAUGAGCUCGCCACCAAUGGGUCAGUAUCUCUUUCUCUACCUCUCAUGUUUAUCUUCGCAAAGUUACGCUGGAAUUUUCCACUUUCCCUUUAUUUCAAAUUUGUGUACAUUAGGAACAUGCAAGUCUUGAUUGAGAGGUACAAGACUGCCUAUGGAGAAAGGCAAGGUGAAAGUAGCGGAAAGAAGAAACCUCAGGCAAUACCUCAAGAAGUACUAGCACUGGCACGUGAAAUUGAAUUACUUCAAAAGGGCUUAAGGUACAUGUAUGGUGAGAAUGAUAUAAACCACAUGAGUCUUGAUGAGCUCGAAUCCCUCGAAAGUAACCUUGAAAUAUGGGUACAAAACAUUCGUUCCCAAAAGAUGCAGAUCAUGUCUGUGGAGAUUGAGAUGCUCAGGAAUAAGGUUGGGUCAGGAUGUUCAUUUUUAGUUCCUGUAACAAACUCGAGCUUACAUAUACAAGGGACAAGCAGUGUAGUUCCCUUCACCAAUGUUUUUCAGGAAGGCAUACUGCAGGCUACUAAUGAUAUACUCCAAGAGCGGAUAUCUGAGCAGAACGGGAUUCUGAACGCCAGUGGAUCAGUGAUGGUACCACAAGUGCCAUUUCAGCUGAACAGGGGAAGUAACUGCUAUUUCUAAGCCUAGAUAUCUGUAUUGGCAAGUUACCUAGUUGGGUUCUUUUGCAAGCUCCGUUAGGCUACCAUUGCCGAGAUCCUCCUAGGAGCUUUGUAUCUGUCAGUUCGAGUUGUGGAGAUCAGCAUUUGCAUCUGGAAAGGUUUUGCAUGUGUAAAGAAACUGCCUUUUAAGAAUGGAUACAUACAUGUCUGCAUUUGAUAUGUUAUAACUUAAUGAAAGCAAUAUGGAGAAUUGGCACUUA